UUUAUUAAUUUAAAAUAAAUGAGCAAAUAAUGACGAAAGAGAGAUUAAAUAAAAAUUUGCGAGGAUUAAAUAAAGCUAAUGAAAUUUCUUAUAAUGAGCUUCAAGCAAUUGUUCAUCUCCAAAUACCCGAAGUUAAAUGGCGGGAAAUAUUUGAAGAAGAAAAUCAUACUUUCAUUGUAAAUUCUAUUUUAAACGAAAUCAUUUCUUCGGCAAUGGAAAUAAUUUACGACGUAUACCUUGAAAAAGCUGUUUACUCAUUUGUUGUUCAUUGUUCUCAUAUAGCUUGGCUUCAAUUAUUUGAUGCAAUGCAUUUACAAUAUGAUUUAGGUGAGGAUCCUGCAUCAAUUAAAAAAUACUGGAUGGGAGACAAAGAACAUAAACCAUCACCGAUUGAUUUGUUAUGCUUUAAAAACGUCGAAGUACGUAAGAAAUGUGAAACUUGUUCACACCCAGAAAACUGCCAGAAAUCAUAA